CGGACCGUGGGCGACGCCAUGGCCCCCUGAGGAGGGGAGAGGGCGAGGAGAGGAGGCGGAGGGACUCCGCUCCGCCAUGGAGCCCGGCUCCGACGACUUCUUGCCGCCGCCCGAGUGCCCCGUGUUCGAGCCCAGCUGGGCCGAGUUCCGGGACCCGCUGGGCUACAUCGCCAAGAUCAGGCCCAUCGCCGAGAAGUCCGGCAUCUGCAAAAUCAGGCCGCCCGCGGACUGGCAGCCGCCAUUUGCUGUGGAAGUGGAUAACUUCAGGUUUACGCCCCGAAUUCAGAGAUUGAAUGAACUGGAGGCUCAGACGCGAGUGAAGCUAAAUUACUUGGACCAGAUUGCCAAAUUCUGGGAAAUCCAAGGAUCCUCCCUGAAGAUUCCUAACGUGGAGCGACGGAUCCUGGACCUCUACAGCCUCAGCAAAAUUGUAGUAGAAGAGGGCGGCUAUGAAGCCAUCUGCAAGGAUCGCAGAUGGGCCCGGGUGGCCCAGCGCCUCAAUUACCCUCCUGGAAAAAACAUCGGUUCACUGCUUCGCUCGCACUAUGAGCGCAUCGUCUACCCCUAUGAGAUGUACCAGUCCGGAGCCAACUUGGUGCAGUGCACCGCCCGCCCAUUUGACAGCGAGGAAAAGGACAAGGAGUACAAGCCCCACAGCAUCCCUCUGCGACAAUCUGUGCAACCGUCCAAGUUCAACAGCUACGGACGGCGGGCAAAAAGGCUGCAACCAGAUGAGUCUGAACUGUGCACUGAUCCCGCCAGCGCACCGUCUUUGUUCCCCGAGCGAACACCUCAAUCCUGGCCCGAGCCCACCGAAGAGGACAUUGAGAAGAACCCAGAGCUGAAGAAGCUGCAGAUCUACGGAGCUGGGCCCAAAAUGAUGGGCUUGGGGCUCAUGGCCAAAGACAAAACCUUACGAAAGAAAGACAAAGAUGGACCAGAGUGUCCCCCCACGGUGGUGGUGAAGGAAGAAUCAGGUGUCGACCUCAAGCUGGAGCCAGCUUCGCCCAAGGCCUAUCUGGACAGCAAGGAGGAGUUGAGUCACAGCCCCGAGCCUUGUACCAAGAUGACGAUGCGGCUGCGGAGGAACCACAGCAAUGCCCAGUUUAUUGACUCGUACAUCUGUCGAAUGUGUGGCCGGGGAGAUGAGGAUGACAAGCUGCUCCUCUGCGACGGCUGCGAUGACAACUACCACAUAUUCUGCCUGUUGCCUCCCUUGCCCGAGAUCCCCAAGGGCGUCUGGCGCUGCCCGAAGUGCGUCAUGGCGGAAUGCAAGCGGCCCCCAGAGGCGUUUGGCUUUGAGCAAGCCACUCGAGAGUACACGUUGCAGAGCUUCGGCGAGAUGGCCGACUCCUUCAAGGCCGACUAUUUCAACAUGCCCGUGCACAUGGUCCCCACAGAGCUGGUGGAGAAGGAGUUCUGGAGGUUGGUGAACAGCAUCGAGGAGGAUGUCACGGUGGAGUACGGCGCCGACAUCCACUCCAAGGAGUUUGGCAGCGGCUUCCCGAUCAGUGACGGCAAGAGGCAGCUGUCCCCCGAAGAGGAGGAAUACGCAUCCAGUGGCUGGAACCUGAACGUGAUGCCUGUGCUGGAGCAGUCGGUCCUGUGUCACAUCAAUGCCGACAUCUCGGGCAUGAAGGUGCCUUGGCUGUACGUGGGCAUGGUCUUCUCUGCCUUCUGCUGGCAUAUCGAGGAUCACUGGAGUUACUCCAUUAACUACCUCCACUGGGGUGAGCCCAAGACUUGGUAUGGGGUGCCCUCGUUUGCAGCCGAGCACCUAGAGGAUGUGAUGAAGAAGUUGACCCCGGAGCUCUUCGAAAGCCAGCCCGACCUUCUGCAUCAGCUGGUCACCCUCAUGAACCCCAACACCCUCAUGUCCCACGGCGUGCCGGUGGUCCGCACCAACCAGUGUGCGGGGGAGUUCGUCAUCACUUUCCCCCGGGCCUACCAUAGCGGCUUCAACCAGGGCUACAACUUUGCCGAAGCUGUGAACUUCUGCACUGCCGACUGGCUCCCCGCCGGGCGUCAGUGCAUUGAACACUACCGGCGGCUGCGGCGCUACUGCGUCUUCUCUCACGAGGAGCUCAUCUGCAAGAUGGCCGCCUGUCCCGAGAAGUUGGACCUGAACCUGGCCGCGGCCGUGCACAAAGAGAUGUUCAUCAUGGUCCAGGAGGAGCGGCGGCUGCGAAAGGCUUUGCUGGAGAAGGGCAUCACCGAGGCGGAGCGCGAAGCCUUCGAGCUACUCCCCGACGACGAGCGCCAGUGUGCUAAGUGCAAAACCACCUGCUUCCUGUCAGCCCUGGCCUGCUAUGACUGUCCCGACGGACUGGUCUGCCUCUCUCACAUUGAAGACCUCUGCAAGUGCCCUAGCAGCAAGCAGUACCUACGGUACCGGUACACUUUGGAUGAGCUUCCUGCCAUGCUGCAUAAACUGAAAGUUCGGGCCGAGUCCUUUGACACUUGGGCUAACAAAGUGCGUGUGGCCCUGGAGCUGGAGGAUGGACGGAAGCGCAGCCUGGAGGAGCUGCGGGCCCUGGAGUCGGAGGCUCGGGAGCGGAGGUUCCCUCACAGCGAUCUGUUGCAGAGGCUCAAGAGUUGCCUGACCCAGGCCGAGAAAUGUGUCUCCCAAGCACUGGGGCUGGUCAGCGGCCAGGAACCAGGGGUGGAGCCCCCACACCUGACUCUGGAAGAGCUGCGCACCUUCAUCGAGGAGAUGGGCAACCUGCCGUGUGCCAUGCAUCAGAUCGGCGAUGUCAAGGGUGUGCUGGAGAAGGUGGAAGCGUUCCAGUUGGAGGUCCAGGAGGCCCUAGAGGCUCUGCCCUCUAGUUUGGCACAGCUGCCCGGACUGCUGGAACGGGGGCAGCGGAUGGGGGUGGAGGUGCCUGAGGCGGAGCGGCUGAGGCGGCAGGUCCAGCAGGGCCGCUGGCUGGAGGAAGUGAAGCGGGCCCUGGCUCCCCCCGCCCAGCGGGGCACCCUGGCCGUCAUGCGGGGCCUCUUGGCCUCCGGGGCUGGAGUGGCCCCCAGCCCUGCCGUGGAGAAGGCCCUCGCUGAGCUGCAGGAGCUGCUCACCAUCGCGGAGCGCUGGGAGGAGAAGGCUCACAUCUGCCUGGAGGCCAGGCAGAAGCACCCCCCGGCCACGUUGGAAGCCAUCAUCAGGGAGGCUGAGAACAUCCCCGUCCACCUGCCCAACAUCCUUGCCCUCAAAGAGGCACUGGCCAAGGCCCGGGCUUGGAUCGCCGACGUGGAGGAGAUCCAGAACGGAGAUCACUACCCAUGCCUGGAUGACUUGGAGGGACUGGUGGCCGUGGGCCGAGAUCUGCCCGUGGGAUUGGAAGAGUUGCGGCAGCUGGAGCUGCAGGUCCUGACGGCCCACUCGUGGCGGGAAAAGGCCUCCAAGACCUUCCUGAAGAAGAACUCGUGCUACACCCUGCUUGAGGUGCUGUGCCCCUGCGCGGAUGCAGGCUCAGACAGCGUGAAACGCACCAAGUGGAAAAAGGAGAAGGAACUGGGACUGUACAAAUCGGACACAGAGAGCCUGGGCCUUUCCGCACAAGACCUCAGGGACCCGGGCUCUGUGAUCCUGGCCUUCAAGGAGGGGGAGCAGAAAGAGAAGGAGGGCAUCCUGCAGCUGCGCCGGACCAACGCAGCCAAGCCGUGUCCGCCUCUGCCCACGUCGGCGGCCUCCUGUGUGUGCGGGCAGCCGACGGGUGAGGCCACGCUGCAGUGCGACCUGUGCCGGGACUGGUUCCACGGGGGCUGCGUGGCCGCCCCCCGCCUGGGCACCCAGCGCCCUUCCCUGGCCUGGUGGGACUGGGAUGCCAAGUUCCUGUGCCCGCUGUGCAUGCGGUCACGCCGGCCCCGCCUGGAGACUAUCCUGGCCCUGCUGGUGGCCCUGCAGAAGCUGCCGGUGCGGCUGCCCGAGGGCGAGGCCCUCCAGUGCCUGACGGAGCGUGCCAUCACGUGGCAGGACCGGGCGCGCCAGGUUUUGGCCUCGCGGGACGUGGCAGGGCUGCUGGGGCGACUGGAUGACCUGCGGCAGCGGCUGCAGGGAGACCCUGCCCGCCUGGCCACCACCCUCAAGGAGAGCAGCUGCAAUGAGCCACCCAAGGUGGCCCUGGAGAACGGAGACAACACGACACCGGAGAAGGCCUGCCCAGUGAGCUCAGACUUGGAACUGCUGUCGUCCUUGCUGCCGCGGCUCGAGGGCCCGGUCCUGGAGCUGCCCGAGACGGCCCGGGGUCCCCUGGAGGAGCUCAUGAUGGAGGGCGACCUGCUGGAGGUGACCCUGGAUGAGAACCACAGCAUUUGGCAGCUCCUGCAGGCCGCCCGGGAGCCCGACCUCACCAGGCUGCGCACACUACUGGAGCUGGAGAAGGCCGAACGGCGAGGGGCCAGGGCCCGGGGACGGGAUUCGGAGAAGAAGCGGAAACGGAAGACGGAACGGGGCGAGUACCUGCCGGUGCCCAAGGAGGAGCUAGAGCCAAAGAGAGUGCGGGCGGGCGAAGAGGCCCUGGAGCCUGGACAGCUCGCGGACACUGACUGCAGCCAGAACGGAGUGGAGCAGUUGUGACGGCAGGAGUCAGACGUGCUGCACACAGCCGGGGCGGGCGGGGCCCGCGGACCCCGCCCCGCCUCCCCGAGCCCCUGAGGACGCUGGCUCUAACUUAAUUCCCCACAUUUGGGGGCACCGGAAGGGCAGGCGCCCGGCACCUCCCUCCCAACCACCUUUCACUCUUGUUUCUGGACCUGGCGCCAGCUGUGCCCUGGACUCUGCCCAGAAGGAUGUAACUUUCCUAUUCUGAAUCCAAGGUAUUGUUCAGACCUCAGCCUCGACGGGCACCCCGCAGGACCGGAGCCACCAGCCGGAGUCGUGUCCCAGCCCCGCCCCGC